GCGUGGAGUGUCAAGUUGCUUCACAUUCAUGAUGCAACGUAAAUCACGUUGCACUGGUUGGAGUGUACUUCGGUGAGGGCUCUGUCAGGUUACGGAUCUGUCACAGCAACGCAAUUCCCUGGGUACGAGAUUGGUUUGUUUACGUUUUGCAGUGUCGUCAGUGGAUCUACCUUCUGUGAAAUUCGCGAGGAAAUAAGGCAAAAAAUGGAUUUAUUCAUAGGGAUAUUGCUCCUUGUGCUUGGUCUUGUGAAGUCAGCGUCCGUUGAUACAACCCCGUCCCCGACACCUACUCCAUCGUCAUCUCCCAAGCCAAAACUAUUGAUAACAUCAGUCGUGGAGCCGCCGUUCCUUGACAUGGAAGAUGACUUCUGGAAAAAAAUGGGCAACGACCGAUACCGAGGCUUCAUCGUCGAUCUGCUGAACGAAAUGACGUCACGAAAAGAGAUCGAUCAGCCUUUCGAGAUCGUGACGUCAAAUGAUGGGAAAUACGGCAACAAAGACAACAAUGGCAAUUGGAACGGAAUGAUCCGCAUGCUGAUAGAUGAGCAAGUUCAUGUUGCCGCCGCCGCAAUUGUUCCAACAGAUGACACGAAAGAAGUGGUCGACUUCGGGGAUUUCUUCAUCUCCGGUGGACUAACUGCUGUGAUGUACAGAGAAGAGAAUAGCCAAGAACCUCCUUUCAACAAGACGCUUAGCGACAUCGCGAACAACCCGGAUAUAACCCCUGGCUAUGUCCAAUGGAGUCCAACCCAAGCCUUCUUCAAGAAGAAGGGUAACAAAGAUAUUGAAAAAAUCCAAAGCCGGAUCAUUUCCAAGAUGGGUGUGCCGUCCCCCUACGUGAUGACGGUCAAAGAAGGCAUCGAGACCGUCCGGAGAUGGCAGGGCAAAUACGUGUUGUUCACGGAUUACAAUUUCGGAGACUAUUACGCUGCUCGGCAGCCCUGUAACCUUGUAUUAUCAGGGAAUUUAAACAGCCAGGGUUAUGCGCUUGCGUUUCAAAAGGGAUCCAGUCUAGUUGGUAAAUUUAAUGAUGCUUUGAACGCAAUGAGGGUGGAUGGAAAACUACAAGAGAUUGUUGAUAAGUGGUACAAAGUGCCAAAAGACAAAGCGUGUGAAAGUUAUUCAUUUGAUACUCCUGCACGGAGCCUACGGGUAAGCGGAAGUUUCGCCAUAUUAGCCUCGGUUUGGACUCUUAUACCAACGUUUGUGGUUUUUAUUUUCACCAUCCAGUAGAUAUCAAAUUGUGUAUUGUGCAGUAGACCAGAGAUGACGUCUCCUCCCGUUGCACAUCGCAUUCCCAGGGAUAUUUCCUAAAUAACGGUGGGCUCUGCGCAUGGGCUGUUAUAAUGUCAGGCCGCUAGAUUAGAAUAUAUUACUAUGCAUUGACGUGCGAUCUUAGCACAGUAUACACAACGUGAUGUCCACAAGCUUUGACAAGGGAAUUUGGUAAAAUAUUGUUCUGGUGCUAGAAAAGAACAAGCACAUUCGCGCAGUUAGGAACAGCUCUUGAGGUCACGCGAAUGUAUGCCGGGCUGCUCUGUAUGCUUGUUUAAGUAUACAUGGAGUGAGUUGACGUCAAUGCCCAAGAUAAGAAUGGAGAAAAAUAUGGCUUCAGGACACAGCUAGAGGGGUCUGGUCUACUGCAUUUACUGGUUUGUAUUCAACAACAGAUGAGAGAUUCGGUUUAUCAGUGCUGUCGGCAAACAUUACCAAGGAAGUACAUGUAUCGCCUUUGGGGUAAUUCGAUACUUGCAAUGAACUAUCAUUUAUCAUGGCCAAGCGAGCACAUCCUACAAGGAUCAAUGGAAUAACAAUGGAGGAAUAGAAAUGAGAUCAUGAUGAAAUAAUGCUGCGCAGAUUAAGCCACCAGGUUGCAAGAUACCGAGUGUUCAGCGGGACAGAUAUUAGUAUGAUUAAAUGGUAGGCAUAUAUCUGUCAAAGGAACAAGCCAUUCAUCAAUGUCCAGCAUUAAUACUGACUGACUCUUGAAAUAUAAACAUUCGAGUGAGCAGCCUACUAUAAUUACUAAUCAAGUAAUUAUCAUCUGAGAAUUAAACUCAGGUAAAAUUAAAACAACCGCAGCUCUUUCGUUCAACAACGCGGCGAACCCAUUGUAACGUCACACUAUUGCGUUACACAAAUCCCGCAGAAAAUAUGCCAUCCAAUGUGCCAUUCUUCAUCAUUUUGAAUAUCAAAAUUGAAUAUUCAUGUCUACCGUAUUUCUAAUUUGCAUAAUGUACAUUUACUAUUCUACUGAUCAUAAACUUCUAAUCGUGGUUUUGGUUCACACAGUACAUCUGAUUGUUUACAUCAGGUAAAACGUGUUCGCCAAGUUCUGAAAAUCUGUAAUAUGUUCUUGUAAUAAGAAAUCACGUGCUCAUUUUUAAAAAAAUGAGCAAAUCAUUUUUGAAUGUUAACCAAGGUGUCUCCUAGUAGGCCCCAUUUGCAUUUAUUAGUCGAAACAGUUAUAAAAUUGCCUAUAACAAACAAUUUGUAUCGCAUAUGGUAUAUAGGUUUCCGCUACGGCAGAGGUUGAUAUUACUACCGCAUAGUCUUUGCAAGAAAACGACAACCAAAAUAUAGCUAUCAUAUGUUUUGGGUUUUAUGUCUGGUAUCAUCUGGUGUUUGUCGUUUAUUUCAUGUCCCUGUCAUAUUUUAGUGACAAUUGUAUUCCAAAACACCCUAGAUACACUUUACAAACAUAAGCGUUUCUUUUUGAUGACUUUAAUUAGUUAAUUGUAUAACAUGAUGAUCAUAUACGUUCAUUUGUUACUGACAACCUGACAAUGUAAAGGACCCUUGGGAUUAUUAUUGCAGUAUGUUUGUUCUUCUGUUGGUCCAUCUGUAAACUAUUUUUCUGAACCGUUUGAUGAUUUUUUAAAUUUGUUUCAGCUCUUAAUUAGAUAGUAGAAAAACGCGGUAUUCGUUAUUUUCAAUACAAGUCCUGGCGCGAAAGACCAUUGCCGCCGGGUGAGUGCACGCCGAGAUCCGAGUUCACGUCACCCCGCUAUUAAGACGCAACGUCAUUUCCAUUUAUCGUCGCAGUUACGGGAAAUCUCCCGGGCGCCGGGCCAAAUAAUGUCCAAUUUACAUGCACCCGCUGAAAUUGUCACAUAGUCCGAUCCCUCUGCCACAUUUUGAUCGUCCACACACUGAUCCAGUGUGUAUAGUGCGCUGCUUAUAACAUGGAUUGAAAGACCUUCUUGAUAUUUUUCGAUAAAGACACCUUUUAAGGAUGUCGUGAUAGUAUUUUCAUAACACCGUGAAGUUUAUUUGUGUCAAACAGAUGCGUAAUAAAAAUAUAAAUUUUAACAAUGAAUGGCGCUGUCACGGGCGCUCAGUGUUGCUGUGAUAUGUGAUCAGGUGACAGCACGACUGAUCACCGCGCCUUUUCGCCUCACUUCAAACAGGAUUUGUGCAUUUAUGCAGGUUUCUCGCAUCUCAGGUAUGUGACCUUCCUCGGCGUCGCUCAGGUUAUGAAAAUCCUCUUUUUGAUUUGUUUUUAGUUUUAUGAAUGGAUCGUAUUCUGACAAAAUUCGAUUGAAAAAAGCCGUUUCGCGAUCCCUCGUCCUACAUUUUGAAAAGAAGCAGAACGCGCAGUGAUAUUGCGCGCAUGCUUAUCCAAACUUGGAUAGGUCCAUUGUGACAUCUGUUGGUCAUCCAUUGUUCCCAUUGUGGAGAGGUGACUGGUGAGCUAACUGUGGCAGAGACAGUAGGUCGAGUGAGACUUGGCAAAGAUGAUAACCAUUGACGACGCUUGGAGAAUGAGUUACGGGGUUAUAAAGCGCCAUCAGCGUGACGUCGGAAAAAUCGAUACCAGCACCAUGACGUCAAGGGGUAGUUCCUAGCUCCAGGCAAAGCCUUACUAGUGCAUCGUUCCACGUGAAAAAAGUCGAUGCGUGGAGAGCUAAUUCGUUUCAAAUCGGAGUCAACGUCGGAAAAGCGCGAUGAUUCAGUCAGAUUUCGAAUAUUUCCUUUUUUUGUGCAAUUUGUUGAUCAGAACUAUGUCAGAAUAGGAGGUGCCUGGGCAACCGAUAGCUGGGUAACAUUGCCCUUAAUAAUGCUAAUGGUCAUUUAAGUUUAUUUGAUAUUACAUGUAUAAUUAUAACCUUACUGGUAGCACUUACUUUUAAUGCGCGCCUUUCGAAGGCGAAACUAUUGAGAGGCGGAGUGAUGAAUUAUACAACGCACGUUCGAAGAUGUGCCUCUUUUCUUUUCAUGGCGUUUAAGGCUUUAUUUAUGUAUAUAUCUCCGAUUGCACGAUUCUGCUCUCUUCAAAGCGGAAUGUAGCAGUCGAAAUGGUCGAAAAUGUCCGCCUUGUGUCUGACCCUCUGAUAGGCGACGGAUCAUGCUACAUUAUGACCCUAGGACUGUCAUUACCAAUGAAAUUCAACGCGAAUACAUGUAAUUGACAUUCAUUAGCCCACCAGACAUUCUAUCCUGAUGAGGCAUUCAUACGUCCACAAAAGACCGAUUUGGGGUAUUAAAAUUAUAAUGAAAUAUCACGGGAAUCUCUCUCAACAAUGUUUUGAUAGGACGAUUUGUUUAUAAGUUGGACUUAUUACAAGUAUUAGAACGGGAAAUAGGAGAUACAUUUUCACAGCCCCAAAAUGGACUUUUUAUAUAUAAUAAAUAUUACAUGGCGGAAAAAAUAUCACUUUGAGUCAGAGGAGUAGAUCGGAAUUGUUUGUGCCAAAGCGAAAGAAGCGGAAUAGUCUAACCGUGCGUUGUUCUGGGAAGGACGUGGUAUAAGGGCACUAACAUUUUCGUCACACCAGAAUAAAGACAAGCACGAAUAGUUCGAAUCAACUGUGGUAGUGUGCAUCAAGAAGAUUGCAUUAUUUUAGCCCGUUCAACAGUAUAAAAUUUGGUUCUUUAUUGAAGAACAGUCAUUGGCCCAUGUUGUUAUUGUACGCAGCGAGAGAAGUCAGUUCAUUAUUUCCAAAUGAACCCAUUUUGACUGUUGUCCUAGUAGCUUAUUAGUUCGGAUUUCGUUCACAAGGUUGUUCGACCUUUUUUUGUCGCAAACAACUAAAAUAUUGGUGAUUCUGUAAUUGAAUGUUUAACGUUGACUAUUUGACGCUCAUUCUGCACUAGUUUGCAACACGCUAACUUAUACCUUAGAAUAAGUUGUGUUCUGACAGUAUUUCUCUACACAUGAAAUAUCAUCGAUGAUUUCACAAAGUUGUCAAUCAGCAAAAUAUUUAUUUUGAGAAUGAAAAAUCGAAUGACUCUGGAUUGGACGCACAGCCCUAUAUUUUAAUAUGAAAACUACUUUCAAUAUCACCAUGAUAAUUGGUAUGUAGUAGACAUGGGUAGUAGGACACAGAUGGCGCUGUUAUCUCAAAUUCACCAAAACAAUGGCAGAUUGGUCACUUUGUGAAGUCAUCGACGAUAUGGUGGAUACAAAAUCUGCAAGGCAGCGCACUGGAGCUGUAAUUAGUUCCAGACAUACAUAUUGUAGUGUAUAUGUGCACGCUGCAGUGGCAUCACUGAAAUAUGUCUGUCUAAGUAUAGAACGAAUUCAUAAAGACUGAGAAUCUUGAACUUCAGAAAUUAAAAAAAUAAUCUUUUUUUUUUCAAAAGGGUGGGUAAAAGUUUCCAGAACUCAGAUGCUAUGUUAUUGAUUCAUUGUAAAGAUAUUACCAAGACGAACAAAAUGAUACCUUAUUCAGCUCAGAGAUAUAGAGCAUUUCGUCUAUAAGAGACAACAUUGAUUUUAAUUUCCCGUGCAAUGGCGUGAUGUCGGGCAUUCUCUGUCUUAAAGGGAUUUUAGAACCUCUUUAAAAUACGUACCAUUUCCUAAUCAGUCCGAUAAUCGAUACUAAAGGUGUUACACUAUUUGAGGCUUGUAUUUUGUAACAAAAACCAAGCAACAACAGGGCAAUAGUAGUGAUCGCCAUUGAAUUGAAGGCGGAUUAUCUUGCAAAAGCCCCCUAUUGUCAAUAUUGAAACCUAAUGCCAGUUAAGAUGUCGUAGUAUUGGUUCCAAAGUCUUUAUGAAUUCUUGAGUAUAGUGACAUGUUAUUUCAGAAUCCUGUUUAAUCAUAUGUAUCAUAGGAUGGAAACUAAUGUACCAGAAAGAGAGCACAACAUCGCAAUACUAUGAGUAUCGUUAAGGUUUUAUAUUUUUUGAAUUGAUAAGCAUAAUCUCUAGAUAUUGUUUUACCAGAAAAAAACUUACGUGCACGUUGCAGAAGCAUCAAGUAAAUGUAUGUUGUGUUUCUAAAUGUAAUUUAACACUUCUUCAUAAUUUCAUCUAUCUGUACAUGUACUCGUAUCUCCUACGGGACUGUGUGCAAUUAAACAUUGGACGUUUGACACUUCUCGACUUAGGAAGAGGAAGGGAUGGAAGUCUUGCGAGGGAAGUAAGCUAGUUAUAAAGUAAAGAAAUGUCACCAUAUAAUGCUGCCUGACUUCCAACUAUAGGGUAGCACGAAAAUCAAAAUCUUACCUCAUUUCAAAUUUCAAUCAGCAAAUUAUUGUCCAAUUGUAGAGGAUUUUAGAUUUUUCUCUUCUAAUUGCAGAAAUGUCUCGUCCAUAGAACACAAUUAUCCAAAUUCCGUCAAACCAAGACAUAAUUCAUGCUCAAGAGCAAAAUGACAUAUAUUAAAAGUGUUGCACAAAUUAUUUGAUGUAAUUAGCCAAGUUCAAAAACGUGCCGUUUUUUCUAUAUUGAAUCGUCACUUAUUAUCGAUCAUUUGCAAUGAUUGUGUUGUAAGCAAACAUAGCUGAACUGUUAAUCAAUGUACAUGUAAUUAUUGAACACGGUAAAUACAGUUUAGCAUUCGAACAACAUUACGGCAAGUCUGCGUUAGAGCAACUUUCAGCAAUUGGAAACCAUCUCCAAUGUCCUCCCUACUGUGAUUUGUUCACAAUCCUUAUUACCUUGAUUGCUGAGGGAAGUAUUCUGUGGUAAUCUUACGUAAUCUACCUUUGGCCAUGGAGUGAGGGACCUUGCUAGCUGCAUGCUGCUGUGCUGGCACUGCCAAGAUGCAAUUAUCUACCUGAAUCAACAGACCACAUUCUGUCAACUGAUAGAAUGACCCGAGGAAAUGUGAAGGAUCAGACGAGGUAAUAAGUUUUACCUCUCUUAGCGCAGAUUUGCGGUAAUGAAGAUGUCGAUUUUUUAUGCUGGAUGCCUGCAGAUAAUUUAAAAGGAUUAUUUGCUAUACACGAUGUUUUUAAAUGAAAAAUUGUGAACACUUUUAAAACUCGAUUCGAUUAGCUGUUUGCCACUGCUUCGCUUUGUAUUGAAGAAUGUUACAAAUAAGGGAAAGUAUCGGCCUACUGCGGCGCAAUCUCAUGUAGAAUUGUCAAAUUAUAGGUAAUAAAUAACUGAGAGGAUGAUAACAUGAAACUAAACGAUAAACGACAACAGUACCGACAAUGACGUAGAGAUAUUUUAUUUUGCUUGAGACCUGCAGAUGAUUUGAAAGGAAUAUUUGCUAUACACGUUGUUAUUUGAACAGAAAAUUGUGAACACUUUUUAAACUCGAUUCGAUUACAACCUAUGGAUAUCUAUUUGCGACUGCUUCGGUUAGUAUUUCGGACGUUACAAUGAAGGCCUACUGCAUGCUGCGCCAUCGCAUGUAGUAUUGCCAGAUGCUAGGUUAUAUUAGAUACAUAUAGGAUGAGGGAAAAUGCACCAACGGUAACCUCAACGUCAAAGAUCUAUAAACCCUUAUAGCAUUGGCACGAUCGUUUCGGCGCGACCGAAAAUCACGGCCAAGAUCAAAUGUUAAAUGUUAAUCUACUAGGCCUGCCAGGCCGUCAUGGUGUCAUGAAAAUUACACCGAGACUUGCAAUAGUUUGCUGACGAUUUGGAUGUUGAAGGUAGGUCUUUAAGCUCCAUGCGAUUACUGGUAGUGCGAUAAAAUCACACGCUCCUGCGAUGAAAAAGGCUGAGGCGACCCAUUGAAUAUUUUAAUCUUAUUCCAUCCCUGCCAGCCUCUCUCAGUCCAAAGGUCGCAGCGGUAGCCCUCCGCGUACUUUAGAUAAUAUUAGAUUUAGUGUUGUCGAUCAUCGUUAUAUCCUUUUUAGUACUCUCUAAUGAUUGGUGAAUUUGAACGAUAUUUUAUCGUGUUUAGUUAAUGAAUAUAGUGAUAAAAAGUAAAUGCUUAUCGUGGUGGCUGUUUGAAUGGGGCGUGAUAGCCGUGAUAAAUUAUCUCGGGUCGCCAACUCAAGUUGUGGUUUAAUUAGGAUUUUAUUUGAAAGUAGGUUGAAUAUUAUCAACUUGAAUUUUUAGAUGAUGAAGAAACCUCUGUAAUUAUACUUGCGUGUCGGUUACACGUUUAACGAUGUGAUUUUUUAUAUCUGAGACCAUCGUUAUUUUUUUAUGAAUCAAAUCGUUUCUACGACACAACCUAUGUAGUUUUUUGGGCUGUCCGUUAUUUAGAGAAAAUGUAAGCAAAGCUGUAGGUAUAUUUUGUGAACGAAAACAAUAAUGCUUGCACUUCUUAUUCUUUAUUUGUUUUUCAAUUGUAACGACCUCUUAACACAUAUAUGCCCUCUUACAAAUAAAGGUGUUUUAGCUUUUGAUAAACUUUUUAAGGUUUUUCGACCAACACAAAUAUGCACCCCGUAGAGGUUUUUUCAUCGAAAUGACAAACAUUCUAAUGUUUUUCACAGUCUCGAAUAAUAUAAACCCAUCUGGGGUUUUUCAUUUACCCCCAAAAAAUCGACGGGUGCAUAUUGGUGUUUACCUAUCUUCGAUAAAAGUUUUUUAGAAGUAAAAAAUACUUCAUUUCUAAGAGUGUGUCUUCACACUAUCUCUGCUGCUAUGUUUCAUCCUUUAUAGCUGUUACUUAUCAAUGUUUAUGUACAUACUUUCAUUUUUAUAUCAUUCAAAUAAUUGUACCGAUAGAUCUAGAAAUAAACAGUUUCCAAUGGGAAUACCGAGUCGUUCAUCCAGGAAACUGCUGCAGCUUUUGAUGUUUUUGCAUUUCAUCGUUGUGUGUAGAAUUUGUGCAUUCUGACUCAGUUUUGUAAAGUUAUUUAGAGAUGAUGACAUUUGAUAUGCUAUUAUUCAAAAAGGCCGGGUAUCUGUGGCCAGUUCCACAGUUCCGUAAAUCCCAUGCAAAAUGCUAAAUUUGAUGCUCGGAGUUACUUGAAUGCAUGUUAUGUUCAUGGAUGAUAAUACAUGUAACACACGUCCCAUCACGUUAGAUACAUACUACGAGUGUUGUUUUAGGUCGCAUUCAGUUUCCUAUACGAUAUUGACCUUCCGCGUCGCUUACGUCUACGAUUACGGAUUAUUUUAUUAAAAUUGAACAGAUGAAUAGGAAUACCAUGUACUAGAAUUCGUAUUUUUCGUGAGUUAAUUGUGGAACCUCGAUCAGUGCUUGUUUAAAAGAAGCCUUUGAUGCAAUGGUUUACAAGAGCAAAAUUCAAACCGAAACCAUACGACAGAAAAUUAAUAUUUUUAGAAACCUGGCGCCAGUUUUUUCAAAUGGCCACGUUGACCGCCUCGAUCUUCCGUAAAUGAAAUAAAACAACUAGCUAUAUCGUUCCUAACAAAUGAAUGUAUCAUUGACAUUGUCUAAUUAUUGUUAACCCCCGACUUGUUAUAUUAUAAUGUUGACUUUUUAUUUCAGACUAAAAAUGCACCUUUCAAAGCCCUAUAUGUGGCACGGGAAGUGUUAGUCAUGAUAUGUUGUUGGGUUUUUUGAUGGGAAGAGCCCGUUGCCUACUUCCAUGGUAUCUAUCUGUACUCUAUUUUAAUCUGUAAUCUUGUUAUAUUUCAAAAUGUUAAUCGCUGUUAAAAUAAAAAUCGUUGCCGUUGUCGUGGUUCACUA